CCGAUCACUCUGCACUCCUGUUGACCAUCAUCGCCCACCCCCAGCACCACCAAGCACCCUCAGCCACCCUCUUCUUGACCACACACAACACUCCCAUCCCAAGCAAACACCAUCAUGGCUGGCAUUGGCAUCGCAAACUUACCCAACCAGAGGCAUAAGAUCAUCUCCCAGGCUGGGGGCCACUUCACCCUCAUGGUUGUCGGCGAAUCGGGCCUAGGGAAGACCACUCUGAUCAAUACGCUCUUCUCGACUGAGUUGGCCAUGCCCAAAGACUACCGUCGUCGAUUUGCUAAACAACUUGACAAGACCACCGAAAUAGAUAUCAUCAAGGCCGAAUUAGAAGAAAAGGCCUUCAGAGUCCAGUUGACCGUCAUCGAUACUCCUGGUUUCGGUGAUUACGUUAACAAUCGGGAUAGUUGGGUUCCGAUUAUCGACUUCAUAGAUGAUCAGCAUGAGUCAUUCAUGCGUCAAGAACAACAGCCCCAUCGUUCCGAAAAACUUGAUAUGAGAGUCCAUGCCUGCCUCUAUUUCAUCAGGCCAACCGGUCACACCUUAAAGCCUCUCGAUAUUGAAACCAUGAAGCGAUUGGGAAGUCGAGUCAACUUGAUCCCGGUUGUCGCCAAGGCUGACACCCUGACCCCACAAGAUUUAGAACGAUUCAAACAACGAAUUCGUGAUGUGAUCGUGUGCCAAUCUAUCCGCUGCUAUCAACCUCCGGUCGAAUUGGAUGACGAAGCAUCUGCUGAGCAUGCUCGCACUCUCAUGGCCGCAAUGCCGUUCUCCAUCAUUGGAUCCACUCAAGAUGUCACUACCGGUGAUGGCAGAGUUGUGAAAGGCAGAGAGUACCUCUGGGGAGUUGCUGAAGUCGAAAAUGAAGAGCACUGCGAUUUCAAGAAACUCCGAUCACUUUUGAUCAGGACUCACAUGUUGGACCUGAUCAACACGACCGAAGAAACCCAUUAUGAGAAUUAUCGCCAACAGCAGAUGGAGACCAGGAAGUUUGGUGAACCGAAGGUCAAGAAGUUGGAUAACCCGAAAUUCAAAGAAGAGGAAGAAACCUUACGGAAACGAUUCACGGAGCAAGUCAAAUUAGAAGAAAGUCGAUUCAGGAGUUGGGAACAACAUCUGAUUGCCGAAAGAGAUCGACUGAAUAAAGAUCUUGAGCAAGCCCACUCGGCAAUCAAGGUGCUGGAGAGUGAGUUAGAUGCUAUGCAGGGUGGAUUCGGAUCACAGGGUCGCGGAACUAGACGUUAAGAAACAAGAAACUAAUGAGAAACGAACUCGAGCUUUGUCUGAGAUCAAGGCCCUAUCUAUGGUUCUUUUUUUUUUCUUCUCUUCUUCCUCUCGAGCAUAACUGCCUGUCUCUUUUUAUUUUCGAGGAUCACCCUCAUGAUUUAACUACUACAACUCGAUUUUGACUGCUAUUUAUUCUGCUCUCCUUCACUUCGAUCCUAGCUUCUCUAUUCUUUCUUCUUGUAGUUGGAUAAUAAUUCAAGUAGAUCAUGAGCAUCCCCCUCAUCAUCAUCAUUUCAAAAAUUACGAAAACAAGUCAAACCAAAUCAAACACGGAAGUUGUUUCAAAAAAAAGCGAAUUUUGUCUUCUUUCUAUUCCUCUUUCUAUCUUAUUUAUUUAUUUUGAUUGUGGCAAAGUUGAGGGUUAUCCAGACUUACCUUUGCAUCACUCUACUCUUUCUUUGGACUCUCCAUCUUGUUAAUCUAUUUAUUCUAAUCUUACUUGGUUGCUUCGUUGGCAAGCAUAACCCUGUUGAUGGUUGGUGCAACAUGACAGUAUCUCAUCGCUUGCAUGCAAAAGCUGCCCGCAUCAGGAAAGCAGGACUUGCCUAAGCUUCGCUGUCAUGCAAAACAUUUUGUUGAUCCCUUGUCUGGAGGAAGCAAUUAGUAGAUUUCUUUCUCUUCUAACCUAUGCCACCCCUCUAACUCC